GCCACAACCAACGAACACAGCACCCACACCACUGCUUCCAUCUGUUGCUGUUGUGAUACAGCCUGGCUGACUUGUUGUAUUGGAGUGUGGAGCCUAACCCUUGAAUUGGAGUGUGGAGCACAUCUCUACGGUCAACACCACAUCCGCCUUUUCACCCCACUGUCCUUCCAUUGGCCAGUUUUGCUGUCAUGUUGACAAAGUUUGAGGCCAAGACCGCCCGUGUCAAAGGCGUGUCAUUCCAUCCCAAACGACCAUGGGUCCUCGCCAGCCUGCACAGCGGUGUCAUCCACCUGUAUGACUACCGCAUGGGCACGCUCAUUGACAAAUACGACGAGCACGAUGGUCCUGUGCGCGGCGUGGACUUCCACAGCUCACAGCCGCUUUUUGUGUCUGGUGGUGACGACUACAAGAUCAAGGUGUGGAACUACAAGACCCGCCGGUGCCUGUUCACCCUCAACGGCCACUUGGACUACAUCCGCACAACCUACUUCCACCAGGAAACGCCGUGGAUUGUGAGUGCGUCCGACGACCAGACGAUUCGCAUCUGGAACUGGCAGUCGCGCAACUGCGUGAGCGUGCUCACGGGCCACAACCACUACGUCAUGUGCGCCAACUUCCACCCGACGCAAGACCUGCUUGUCUCUGCAUCGCUGGACCAGACGGUGCGCGUGUGGAACUUCUCUGGCCUGCGCAAGAAGGGCGUGGCCCCCGCUGGCGCCGGCCUUGGCCGCAAGGACGACGCAGACCUCUUUGGCUCGGCUGAUGUCAUGGUCCAGCACGUGCUUGAGGGCCACGACCGCGGCGUGAACUGGGCGGCCUUCCACGGCACGUCGCCGCUCGUCGUCUCCGGCGCCGACGACAGAACCGUCAAGCUCUGGCGCAUGAACGAUACGAAAGCGUGGGAGGUUGACACGUGCCGCGGCCACUACAACAACGUGGUCUGUGUACUCUUCCAUCCUCGCCAAGACCUCGUCGUCAGUGCGAGCGAGGACUGCUCCAUCCGGGUGUGGGACACGCAGCGCCGCGCGUCUGUGCAGACGUUCCGCCGCGAGCACGACCGCUUCUGGGUAGUUGCCGCCCACCCGGAGGUGAACCUGUUUGCUGCUGGCCACGACAGCGGGCUUGUUGUCUUCAAGCUCGAGCGCGAGCGCCCGGGUUAUGCUGUGCACAACAACACGCUCUUCUACGUCAAGGACCGCUUCAUUCGCACGUAUGAGUUUGGCAGCUCCAAGGACGCUCCGCUCGCAAGCAUCCGCCGGCACGGCACGGGUGCGCCGCAGAAUGGCAUCCUGACGAUGGCGUACAACCGUGCGGAGAAUGCCGCCCUGCUCACGGCCGCCACCGACGGCGGUGUGUACGAGCUCUACAUGCUCCCCAAGAAGGGCUCCGAUGCAGACAACGCCGAGUGCAAGCGCGGCAGCGGGCGGUGCGCCGUGUGGGUUGCGCGCAACCGCUUUGCUGUGCUUGACAAGUACAACACCAUCCUGAUCAAGGACCUGAAGAACGAGACGACCAAGAAGGUGACGCCGCCCGUGCAGACGGACACGCUGUUCUACGCCAGCACGGGCCGCCUGCUGCUCGGCAACGGCGAGGGCGUGACGCUGUUUGAUGUUCAGCAGCGCAGGGCCCUGGCCAGCAUCAGCACCAGCCGCAUCAAGUAUGCCGUCUGGAACAAGGACUCAUCCCAGGUCGCCCUCCUGGGCAAGCACGACAUCACCGUCUGCGAUAAGCACCUGCGCCAGAUCUGCACCAUCCACGAGACAAUCCGUGUCAAGUCUGCCGUGUGGGAGGAGAGCGGGGUGCUGAUCUACACGACGCUGAACCACCUCAAGUACGCCCUCCCCAACGGCGACUCUGGCAUCAUCCGCACGCUCGACACGCCCAUCUACAUCACGCACGUCAAGGGCGGCACCGUGUACUGCCUGGACCGCGAGGUGAAGACGGCUGCGCUCGCCAUCGACCCGACCGAGUACCAGUUCAAGCUUGCCCUCGUCAACCGCGCUUACGACCAGGUGCUAUACAUGGUGCGCAAUGCCCGCCUGCCCGGCCAGUCCAUCAUUGCAUACCUGCAGAAGAAGGGUUACCCAGAGGUUGCACUGCACUUUGUGAAGGACAGCCGCACGCGGUUUGCGCUUGCUCUCGAGUGCGGCAACAUUGAGGCCGCCAAGGAGGCCGCCAAGGAGCUUGACGACAAGAACUGCUGGGAGCAGCUUGCAGACGUUGCGCUCAAGCACGGUGACCACCAGGUCGUUGAGCUUGCGUACCAGCGCUCCAAAUCGUUUGAGAAGCUUACUUUCCUCUACCUCAUCACGGGCAACCUCGAGAAACUGCGCAAGAUGCUCAAGAUUGCAGAGAUCCGCAAGGAUGUUGACAGCCAGUUCCAAACUGCUCUGUUGCUCGGCGACAUGGAGGAGCGCAUUCGUGUCCUCCAGAGCGUUGGCCAGGGCCCGCUUGCAUACCUGACUGCGGCGACGCACGGCUAUGAUGACAAGGCAACCGAGAUUGCGCAGACGCUGGGAAUGGAGGAGGACCAGCUUCCCCCCGUGCACCCGGACAGCAAGGCGCUGCUUCCGCCUGAGCCCGUCUGCGAGAACCAAACAAACUGGCCGCUCCUCACCAUCUCAAAGGGCUUCUUCGACUCGAUGAAGACGCAGCAGCCUGCCGCGCUUGCUGUUGCAGACGACAUUGAUGCCAUGGAUGAUGCCGAGGGCUGGGGUGACGAGGAGGACGAGGAGCUUGGCGAGGAAGCAGGCCUUGGUGGCGAAGAGGAAGAGGAGGAAGGCGAGGGCUGGGGCGACGAAGACGACCUUGAUCUCGAUAUUGAGCUUGAAGAGCCCGAGGGUGAGGAGGAGGCUGGCGGCGACAUCUUUGUUGCGCCCAGCGCCGGCACCCCGCAGUCCCAGAUGUGGGUGAACAACUCGUCCCUCAUUGCCGACCACGUCGCUGCUGGCUCCUUCGACACCGCCAUGAACAUUAUGAAGCAGCAGCUUGGCAUUGUCAACUUUGCGCCCUACAAGGACCUGUUCAUCUCCCAAUAUGCUCGCUCCCGGGCCGUUGUUGAGGCAACAAACUCCACCCCUCCCCUCUUUUUCUACAUGCACCGCAACUGGCAGGAUGCCGGCGCUCGCAACGGCCUGCCUGCGGUUGGCCUCAAGUUUGGCUCCCUCGCCGAGAGCCUCCAGAACGCGUACGCGUCAACAACCAAGGGCAAGUUUGCGGAUGCGCUUGGGCAGAUGCGGUCGAUCCUGCGCUGCCUGCCCAUGCUCGUCGUGUCGAGUCGCUCCGAGCUGCAGGAGGUACAGCAGCUCGCCAAGAUUUGCCGCGAGUACGUUGUGGGCCUCUCCCUUGAGAUUAGGCGGCGUGAGAUUGCAAAGGACCCCUCCCAGGCCGCACGCGCGGCGGAGCUUGCCGCCUACUUCACCCACUGCGACCUGCAGCCCUUCCACAUGAUUCUUGUGCUGAAGACUGCGCAGACGCUCUUCUACAAGCUGAAGAACUUCAAGACGUGCGCAUCCUUUGCCCGCCGCCUCCUCGAGCUCGGCCCGAAGGUCGACCUCGCCACAAAGACGAAGAAGAUUCUGCAGGCGUGCGAGAAGAACAUGGUGGACGCCGUUGAGAUUGACUACGACAUGCACAACCCCUUCACCAUCUCCCUCAAGUCCAUGAAGCCCAUCUACAAGGGCAAGCCUCAGGUGACGUGCCCGUUCUGCUCUGCGGUGUACGAGCCCGAGUGCGAGGGCGAGACCUGCCUUGCCUGCGAGGUUGCCGAGAUUGGCCGCUCCGCUGUCGGCCUCUCAAGCCUCCGGCCGUGAUUGUGUGUGCGUCCGUGCACCGCCACCGCCAGUAGCACCAGCAGCGUUGGCCAUGCACCGCGUGUGCUUCUUUCUCUCCCCACUCCCCCGUUAAUGUCUUGUGUGCUUCCUUCUGCCUUCGAGCCAUGCACCUUUAACAUUCUUGGUGUCUGCGCUUGGAUGCAUGUUGCUGAGACACUGAUUGUCGUCAGCCUUACACAUCAGUUUCCACUUCCACAGCCGCCAUCUGACGUCUUUUGUUUGUGUGUUUAGUCGUUGUUGUUCGCGCUGAGGUGUCUGUGUCUGUGUUUGUGUCUGCGUUGUAUGUUUGCUGUGUGUUUCAGCCAUACACGCGCAAUGUGAUGAGACGCCAGCGAGGGCAGCAGCCAGCAAUCAAGUGACGUUACAGCGUUU